AUGGCGACAGGAUCUCAAUCCGCGGUACCAGCAACUCCGAUGAAGUCCGGCGGAACGCGCGGCGACGACUCGACGGCGGUCUUGAUCACACCGCAGCCUGACCCGAUAGCUGAGCGCGACGUCAGCUUCGUCGAGCCGAUGACUGGAUCCGACGCCAAGGAUGAAGAGAUGGAUGAAGAAUACGACGACUACCUGGAGGAGAAGGCGCCUGCGCCAGCGGUGGUGACACCCGAGACUCCGGAAGAUGCAGUGAUGUCCGCCGUGCGCAGCGGAGGCUCGCGCUCUCUGGCGCGAAGUCUUUCGAGCGAGGUGGAAGACGAUGCGCCUCCCAUCACGCGCAACCUCGCGGAUGAAUUGGAUGAUGUGAACAGCCCCAAACGUGCCGACUAUGGCCCGGGUGCAUUUGAAGACAGCGGCAUGGAGGCAUUACAUGCACGUGCCCCGAAGACGUGA